AUGGCGGCUUCCUUACAUUCUCGAUCAAACAGUUUCCCAUCCCAGUCUCAUCCCAUAUUCAAUGAUAUCGAAAAUAAGUUGGAGAGGCUAAAGGCAUCAUCACAAACCACGUCAACAUCUUCAAUCUGUGCAAACUUGGCCGGCCUUAAAGAUUUAUAUGAUGUCAUCAAUGACGUGAUCCAGAUGCCGACAGUCCAGCAGACCCUCGUUCGCGAACAGGGUCAAAGUUGGAUUAACGAGCUACUCAACGGUUCUCUCAAGCUCGUCGAUGUUUGCAGUAUUUCAAGAGAUAUUGUGGUGUUAACUAAGGAAUCAGUUCAAGAGCUUGAAUCCUCUGUCAGGAGACGAGCAGCAGAUGGUGUCAAUGCUUAUGUGGCAUCAAGAAAGAAAGUCAACAGGAUGGUCGACAAAUGCAUCAAGAAUCUGAAGAGCUCUAACAAAACUCUUAUAGAACCCCCACAGAUUGGGAAACUACUAAAAGAAGCAGAAUCGCUUGAUUUAUCGAUCUUAAAGUCUGUAUUGAUCCUUGUGUCCGGGCAAAAGGAAACAUCAAGCAAGAGAAGGUGUCGAUAUUUGCUCGACAGACACGUACGUUCUGAGGUGGAUCAAGAAAGUGAAGCCGAGCAACUUUGCGGUUUGAAAAUCCACAAGUCACGAAAAAACAUGGACAGAAAAACCAUGUUGAAGGAGUUAAUCGUAUCAGAAACGAGCAUCAAGGAAAUUGAAGAGUGCCUGGGGGCAUUGUUUAGAAGUUUAGUGAGAACUAGAGUUUCUCUUCUUAAUCUUCUUAGCCAUUAG